AUGAAGCUGGUUGCGCUCCUCGUCGCGCGGUGCGCCUCGAACGUCGACACGCCCGUCUUCCUCUGUUCGUCCUUCGAGCUCGGAGGGUACGCGUUCUACCAGCGUCACGCAAUGAAGGAGGCAUGCAAAUUCCUUGCACGCACGGCUAUCCCUCGCGUCGGAACAGAGGUCCGGGAGACGAUCGAGCAUGCAGGCAGCGUCGCCUUUCUUUAUCGCUUCUUCGACUCACUGGCAGUCGUUGCCAUCGGCGACGCGGAUUACCCCUCGAGAGUCGCCUUUCGCCUGUUGCAGGAGGUUCACAAACAGUUCAUCCGCCUCGUCCCAGUCGCGGUCUGGUCCAGCGUCGCUCCAGUCGGCUCCAGCAGCUCUGCUUCGCAAAUCCACUUCAAGGACGAACUGACGCAGCUUCUCCUGCGCUACCAAGACGCGCGUAAAGCGGACACACUCACGACCGUGGUGGAGAAGUCUGAACUUGCUCAGAAGGAAGUGAAGAGAACCAUCGACGCUGUCCUGCAGAAUGGAGAGAGUUUAGACGAGUUGGUUCAGAAGUCCGAGGAUCUCUCGCUGACGUCCAAACAGCUCUUCAAGACGGCGACAAAGGCGAAGAAGCACUACGCGUGCUGCAAAGUUCAGUGA